AUGAUUUUAUUAGUACUGACAAAUGAGAAACCUUCCUUGAUUGUACUUCCUCUUCAUGCUGGAACAAAUCAAGUUAAGCGGGGUAUUUUGGCUUAUAUUGGCAGUGUUUUGCGUGCUUUACG